GCCAGUCAGCGGCUACAGUCCCCUUAAUAUGACAGCCUUCGCAUCCUCUUCUGUGCCUCAUGAUGUAGCCGAGGAUACGAUUUUGAGCCAACGCGCUAUGUAAUUGUCAGUUCCCGAGAUGCGUACGAGAUUGUUGAUACUGGCAGCUCCAUUGAUCGCGGGCUUCAUUGUCGCUACAACUCUGUUAAUGGGAAGGGAUCGAUUUGCGCGACCUUUGUUUCGACAUGACGCUGAUGAUGGAAGACUAAAGACACCGGAGCUAAAGCCCACUCUUGAUGGUAGCAUCUUGCCGGCUGAGAACAUCACGCAAUACCUCGAGGCGAUUCUCACACCACAGCUUUCGACGCUACCUAAUCUAGAAUGCCCGGCGGUCAACACUACACGAUAUGGCGCGCUCAAGAGCACACUUCCUUCCGAUCCCACUGUUAAAUACUUCUUCGCCCUCAACUUGCGACAAAACUUGCCUUUGUUACCUCGAUUAAUAGGCAGCAUUGUCGAGGCGAUUCGUUCUCUCGGCCCGACACAAUGUGUACUGUCCAUAGUUGAAGGCAACUCUCCAGACGGCACCGCCGAUGUACUUGCUGCUCUCCGGCCAGCACUUGAGAGUUUAGGAGUCACAUAUUAUUUUGAGUCAUCUGCAAUCGAUCCGAGCAAGGACAACCGUGUCGCGCGCCUUGCACAGCUUCGAAACAAGGCAUUAGCACCUCUCCUAGACUUGAAUGGCAAAGCGACAAGUGAUACAACCGUCAUCUUCCUCAAUGAUGUAUCCGCAUGUUCCGAGGAUAUCCUCGAGCUUGUACAUCAAAGAAAAGCUCUUGGUGCGGAUAUGACAUGCGCCAUGGACUGGACAUAUGUUGGCGAGCACCCUACUUUUUACGAUGUAUGGAUUGCCCGCACAAUUCACGGCGAUUCUUUCUUCGAGAUCCCUCCCGACGGGAAUUGGAACUCGGCAUGGAAUCUCUUCUGGAACGCCGAGGAGACUCAAGGUCGCUUCUACACGCAGCGUCCCUUUCAAGUGUUCUCUUGUUGGAACGGCGCUACGGUAUUCACAGCUCAGCCAAUCUUAGAAAAAUCUGUAAAAUUCAGGGCAGCGAAUGAAACCGCCGGUGAAUGUAGACAAGGUGAACCGCAGUUAUUUUGCAAAGAUCUCUGGUUCAAGGGCUACCGCAAGAUCGCUGUCGUCCCUUCCGUAAACCUUGAGUACUCUGUGGAAAAAGCAAAGAAGAUCAAGGAAGCCAAGGGAUUUACGUCUGACAUAGUCUCGAAACAAGAGCCUGAGGGCGAUAAAAUAGAAUGGCGGCUCGACCCCCCCAGUAUGGUGAAAUGCAUGCCUACUUGGGAGAAUCAGUAUUGGCAAUCGUGGAAUGAGACUUUGAAGCCGUAGGUGUGGUUGGGCGGCCCGCCACGUGAUGUUUUCCGGCGUUUUUGUGUAACUUAGAGCGAUGAAGCAAAAUAUUUGACAACUGGGACAUGAAAUAGCAUUACAUAUAAUAAUAGAUAAUGAAC